CCCCCGGCCCGGGGCUCGGGGCUUCGCCUUUUCCAUGGCGACCGCUCCAAGGACGAGCGCGGGGCGCGCCCGGGGCGGGCGGGGGCGGCACUCGGGGGGCUUCGGGCGACUCGGGGCGUUUGGGGGCAUCUCCGGGGGGGGCUGAAGGAAUUCCCUCCCUCCCGCCCCCCCAAGAACGCCUGGAAAAAAAAUAAUCGGGAUUUUCACCGCCCUGCUCCGCCUCUCCUCCGGGAAUUCUGCGGAAUUCCAGGAUUUGCGCCGGGAAUCCUGCACAAUUCCAGGAUUUGCACCAGGAAUCCUGCACAAUUCCAGGAUUUGCCCUAGGAAUUCGGCGCAAUUCCAGGGUUUGCAGCAGGAAUCCUGCAGAUUUCCAGGAUUUGCAGCGGGAGUUCUGCGCAAUUCCCGGGUUUUUUCCUCACCCCGCAUCCCCGGAAUCGCUGGGCCAUCGAUGAGGCAUCACCAUGCUGACCAGCAUCACCGACGGCUUCCUCUGCUGCCUGCUGGGCAAGAGCCCCAACGCCGUGGGGCCACUGGACAGUGUUGAGUCCAGCGACGGCUUCACCUUCCUGGAGGUGAAACCCGGCCGGAUCCUCCGGAUCCGCCACAGCGUUCCCGAUCGCCCGCGAUCCCCGCGAUCGCCCCCGGGAUCCCCCGCGGGAUCGUCCCCGGAGCGCGGCGCCGUGCGCUGCCAGCGCCGCAUCACGCUCUACCGCAACGGGCAGCUGCUGAUCGAGAACCUGGGCGAUGCCGCGCGCCCUGAGAGCGCCCGCGGCCCCCGGUGCCCGCAGCACCCGCAGCCCAACGCCAACGGUGAGCCGGGAGCGCCGGAUCCCGCCGGGACGGCCGCCAAGCGUCGGAAGCGCAAGCCCAAGCGGGUGGUGACGGUGGACUGCAAGAAGCACAUCACGAGCUGCAAGGGCACGCACAGCGACGUGGUGCUGUUCUUCAUCCACGGCGUUGGCGGCUCCUUGGACAUCUGGAAGGAGCAGCUGGAAUUCUUCUCCAAGCUGGGCUACGAGGUGGUGGCGCCGGAUUUGGCGGGGCACGGUUGUAGCUCGGCGCCGCCCGUGGCCGCCGCCUACACCUUCUACGCGCUGGCCGAGGACAUGAGGGCCGUGUUCAAGCGCUACGCCAAGAAAAGAAACAUCCUCAUCGGGCACUCCUACGGGGUGUCCUUCUGCACCUUCCUGGCUCAUGAGUACCCCGAGCUGGUGCACAAGGUGAUCAUGAUCAACGGGGGCGGCCCCACGGCGCUGGAGCCCAGCCUGUGCUCCAUCUUCAAUCUGCCACCGUGUGUGCUGCACUGCCUGUCCCCCUGCCUGGCCUGGAGCUUCCUCAAGGCCGGCUUUGCCCGCCAAGGUGCCAAGGAGAAGCAGCUGCUGAAGGAGGGCAAUGCCUUCAACGUCUCGUCCUUUGUGCUGCGCGCCACCAUGAGCGGGCAGUACUGGCCCGAGGGCGAUGAGCUGUACCACGCUGAGCUGGCAGUGCCUGUGCUGCUGGUGCACGGCAUGCACGACAAGUUCGUGCCCAUCGAGGAGGACCAGAGGAUGGCAGAGAUCCUGCUGAUUGCCUUCCUGAAGGUGAUCGACGAGGGUAGCCACAUGGUGAUGCUGGAGUGCCCCGACACGGUGAACACGCUGCUGCACGAGUUCGUCCUCUGGGAGCCCGACACGCCCGCGGCCCGUGGCGACGGCGACACCAAAUGAGGGCCAGCGACACGCGGGGACAGCGGGCUGGCUGCUCCCGCGGCAGAGGCGGAGCGGGCUCGGCCCGGCCGCCAGCCCGGCUUGUGCCCACGGCGAGCGAGGAGGAGCCCCCGGGCUGGGAUGGCAGCGCCGGGAGAGGAGCGCGGCCAGUGCCCAGGGCCGGGGACAGCGGGGACACGGCUCGGCCUGUCCCCAACCCCGGCAGGACAGCGGGGACACGGCAUGGCUGGUCACCAACCCCGACAGGACAGCGGGGACACGGCUCGGCUGGUCCCCAACCCCGGACAUGCCACACCUGGACACGCCACACCUGGUCCCUGGGCCCGGAAGAUGUCACACGGAGUCCCCAACCGCCAGGGACACAGGGGACACGGCACAGCCGGUCCCCAGCUACCCCCGGACACGCCACCCCCGCUCCCCGCCCCCGGCGCUGGAGCGGCUCCGUCCCGGUUUCUUUGUCGCCGUCGUUGUCAUUCCUGCACACAGCGACACCGGGAGGACACGGAGGGUCCCCGCAGGGAUUUUCGGGGCGGGUUUCAGGAGAAUCCAGAGGCUCCCCCGCGUCGGGAUUUGCUCGGAAUUUGGGGGUUCCUUGUGGGGUUCGGCAGCUCCUGCUGGGAAGAGGAGGAGGAGGAGGAUGAUGAGGAUUCCCGGGAUCACGGCGUGCCCCCGCUGCUAGCAGCGCUUUUAGGGCAGAACCCCUCCGGGACACCCCCGGGCAUUUCCCACUGCUCCCCGGGAUCUACUCGGGAUCCACCCAGGGAGCAGCAAGGGACAGCAGGACCCCGAUUCCCGGUGAGGAUUCCCGAUAAUUCCUGCCCGGUUCCGCAGGAUCCGGGACCACCGGAUCCCACCUGAUCCCUGCCGAUCCCACCCGAUCCCGCCCCUCCUGUACGAACCCCCCCCAUUCCCGGGAACCGAGCAGGACUGGAGGAGCCCCCCGAGGAUGUCCCCGGUGCCACCCGCAAUGCCAAGAGGUGCCACCUGUCCCCCCCUCCCCAAAAUUCCCGACUUUUAAACCAAAGAAGGCGCCGACCCCGCAGACACCUCGCCCCUGUCCCUUGUCCCCACCCUGUCCCCUGCCCCACACGGGCUGGCACUGCACCGAGGGGCUCAGGGGACCCCACUGAUGUCCCCGGGGUGUCCCCUGUGCCAACCCCACCCACUGCUGUCUCAUAAUGAGAAUUUUACUCCUCCCUGGCACCCCAAAACCGCCACCAAUGCCCCAAAAAUGCCACGCGCCGGCUGUGGGGUCACAGCUCUGUCCCCUCCCGCCGGGAGCCACAUUCCUGUCGCGCUGCCACCCCCGCUGCCACCGCCGUGUCCGUGCCAGGCGUGCCAGUAAAGCCGUGCCCAAUGCCA